AUGAUAUGGUUGAGUGCACUAAUUUAUUUCAAUAUUCUAUUACAAAAUUGUCAAUGUGAUGUACCACUGGUAGUGACAACUUGGGGAGCUGAUGGCUUUCAAUCUGCUACCAGAAAAGCAUUUUCGACACUAACAAAAACAUAUGAUAGGAUGAAAUCAUUAUUGAAUGGUUUGACAGAAUGUGAACAAUUACAAUGUGAUGGAAGUGUUGGGUAUGGUGGUUCACCAGAUGAAACAGGUGAAACUCGACUUGAUGCACUCAUUUAUGAUGGUUUAAAUCAUGAAAUGGGCGCUGUUGCUUCAUUACCAAAUAUCAAGGAUGCAGCACGUGUAGCUUAUGCAGUAAUGAAAUACACCAAGCAUUCAAUUUUGGUCGGUGAACAUGCAGCCAAAUUUGCUCUCGAAAUGGGCUUCAAAUAUGAAUCAUUGUAUACCAAUACUUCCUAUGCUGAGCAUCACAAAUGGAUCAAACAUAAUUGUCAGCCAAAUUACCGAAAAAAUGUAUCACCUGAUCCGACCAAAUCUUGUGGUCCGUAUAAACCUACCAGUGAUAAAGAUAAAUUAGCAUACUCUGAUGUGGCUUAUCAUCGUAAUCAUGAUACUAUUGGUAUGAUUGUUGUUGAUUUUGAAAACAAUAUUUCUGCUGGUACAUCGACUAAUGGUGCUAAUCACAAAAUUCCCGGGCGGAUUGGUGAUUCACCAAUACCAGGUGCUGGUGCAUAUGCUGAUAAUGAUAUCGGUGGUGCGGUGAGUACCGGCGAUGGUGAUAUUAUGAUGAGAUUUGUUCCCAGCUUUCAAACAGUUCACCAUAUGCGUGAAGGUAAAAUGCCCGCAGAAGCUGCUGAAAUAACAAUUCGUGCAAUUUCUCGCAAAUAUCCGAAUUUUAUGGGUGCGAUUGUUGCAGUUGACAAGAAGGGUAACUUCGGUGCUGCAUGUCAUGGCAUGAAGUUUUUCAAAUUUUGUAUGCAAAAUCAAUAUUUGAAAAAAGUUAAAGUUAUACCUGUGAGAUGUAUAUAG